CGAUUCGAAUAAAACGGUUAAUUUUAUGUUUUAAUUACAGUUAAAUUUACCAAUUAGAGUUUAUGUUUUUUUAUAAGAAGAAUAAUUAAUUUUGCUUUUUUAAAUUCAAGCAAAAAACAGGGGAAUUUUUUAUUUAUAAACGUUUAAAAUAUUUAUGUAGUCGUAUGUAUAUAUUUAGAUAAUUUUUGAUUUAUGUACAUAUAUGUAAAUUAUUCUCCAGAAUACAAAAAUAGAAGCAAAUAUCGAAUUGAAUACGUUUAAAUUCGUUUUCAUUCAAAUAAACAUAAUAAAUUAUUAUGAAUAGAACAAAUUUAUCUAUUAAAAGAGAUAAAAAUCCUAUACUUGAUGCCAAUUUCAUAUCGAGAUAUACUUUUUGGUGGGUUCAUAAGUUAAUUCGAAAAGGCUAUGAUCAUCCAUUAAAAGAGGAAGAAUUGUACGAACAUAUACCAUCUUUAGAUUGUGAAAGAGUUACAAAAAAGUUUACAAAAUUGUGGGAAAAUGAACUUGAAAGAAAAAACCCUAGUAUUAUACGUUUAAUAUUCGGUGCUUACGGCAUAUCAUUCAUAAUAUAUGCUUUUAUUUUUGAUCUGCUGAAGUUUGGUACCAAGAUUGCUCAACCAAUUUGCCUUGGUGCCUUAGUGUCAUAUUUUUCCCAAGGAAAUAAUGUAGGUAAAAUAUCUAAAACUGAUGCAUAUUUAUAUGCAACCGGAGUAGUUUUAUCAUCAUUUCUUCGUGUUAUAACAUUUCAUCCUUUUAAUUUUUAUACGUCUCACAUUGCAAUUAAAAUUCGUUUAGCUUUAUCUGGAUUAAUAUACAAUAAAAUUUUGAGAAUAUCUAAAAAAGCGACAAAUGAUGGAUUAAGUGCACGAGCUAUUAAUAUUUUGGCAAAUGAUUUGUCUAAAUUUGAUAUAUUCUUAUUUUUUUCCCGUGAGUUAUGGCAAGGUCCAAUUGAAGCUAUUGUUCUCUGUUAUAUAGCUUACCAACAAGUUGGUUUAUCAGCUGUUAUCGGCGUAGGUUUUAUAUUAUCUUUUAUACCGUUGCAAGCAUGGGCUGGAAAAAAGAUUGCCCAAUACCGUAUGAGAAUGGCAAAAAGAACUGAUUUUCGAAUAAAAUUAAUGAAUGAAAUUAUCCGUGGUAUUCAAGUUAUAAAAAUGUACGCUUGGGAAAAGUCUUUUGCUUGCAUUGUCGGAGAAGCACGAAAAAAAGAAGUCGAAGCUAUUCGACAAACUAUGAAAGUUUACGCAUGCAUUGCUACAACGCCUAUGAUAUCAAAAUUUUCAAUAUUUUUAACAUUAAUUUCUUACAUAUAUAUGAGCGAAGAACCGAUUAACGCUGAAAAAGUUUUUACAAUUUCGCUAAUAUUUCUGGUACUGAAUGAUUCAUUAAUACGCUGGCCCAAAGCAAUUACUUGCUGUGCAGAAACCUACAUUUCAACGAAACGUGUUAAAGAAUUUCUUUUAGAAGAAGACAAAACGGGAUUGAAUAAAGUAGAAAAUGGCAAUAACAAAAUAAAAAUACAGAAUAGUUUAGCAAAAGGCAGCAGAAUACAUAAUCAAAUAUCUUCUAAUAAAAAUGUGUCGUUCGAAAAAGUUUCUGCAUCUUGGAAUGCAAAUGACCAAGAAAGUUAUUCUCCAACUUUAACAGAUUUUAAUAUCAACAUAAAAGAAAAAAGCUUAAUAGCAGUAAUUGGUUCUGUUGGUGCAGGAAAAUCUUCAUUUUUGAAUGCUAUUCUUGGCGAAAUAGAAUUAACUGAAGGAGUGUUACGUGUUAAUGGAAAACUUAGCUACUGUAGUCAGGAACCAUGGCUUUUUGAAGGUUCCAUUCGUGAUAACAUUGUAUUUAUCGAUGAUUUCGACGAAAAAAGGUACCAAGAAGUUAUUAAAGUUUGCGCCUUGCAAAGAGAUAUAGAUUUAUGGCCGCAUGGUGAUACAACAAUAGUUGGUGAAAGGGGAAUCAUUUUGAGUGGUGGACAGAAAGCACGGGUAAAUUUAGCUCGCGCUGUUUAUAGAAAGGCAGAUAUAUACCUAUUAGAUGAUCCAUUAUCAGCAGUAGAUGCUCAUGUUGGAAAGCACAUAUUUGAAUUUUGUGUGGAAGAAUUUUUGAAGGAUAAAAUAUGUAUUUUAGUUACUCAUCAAUUACAGUACCUGAAAAAUGUAGAAAAUUUAGUUUUGAUCAAUUCUGGAAAAAUUCAGGCCCAAGAUAGUUUUAAGGCUUUGAAAAAAUUAAAUCAAUAUAGCUUAUUAAACCAAGUGCAGGACGAAACGGAAGAACUACAAAGUGUUAACUCAUCUGCUAGUUCGAAAACUGAAAGUGAAAAGAAAAUAGAAUUAAUUCAAAGAUUGACUAGUGUUAAAGAGAAAGAUAAAGGUGAAGAUCGUAAAGAGAAGCAGGAAAUUGGAGCGGUCAAAUUGGAUAUAUACAAGUCUUAUUUUAAAGCCUUGAAUAACUUUUGUUGGUUUAUAACGGUAAUAUCAUUGUUUGUUCUUGCGAGAGGUGUAUUUAGUGCUGUGGAUUAUUUUAUUUCCAGAUGGGUAAUCUGGGAAGAAGAAUUAACAAAAAAUACAACUUCAAAAAGUUUCACUCUUGACUUUGUGAAUGGAGCAUUCGGAACACGUAGCUCAGAUGCAGAUCAAGUGGAAAAAGAAAGAAUAAAUGUUGUAGUAAUAUAUUCAACUCUUCUCUUCGUCACAUUAAUUUUAUUCAUUACUCGAACCUUUAGUUUUUUCUUCAUGUGUUUGAGAAUUUCACUAAAACUUCAUGAUAAACUAUUUAUGGGUGUAACUAGGGCUACAAUGUAUUUUUUCAAUAUGAAUCCAUCUGGGAGAAUUUUAAACCGAUUUUCAAAAGACGUUGGCUCUUUAGACACCAGUCUACCAAUGACAUUAUUAGAGUGUCUUUAUUUUUUUACAGAUGUUUUUGCAGUACUUAUAUUAGUAUUAAUAGUAAACUAUUGGCUAAUAAUACCAGCUGUUUUAAUGGGAGUCUUGUUUUAUAUCGUAAGACGUGUUUAUGUUUGCACAAGUCGCUGUAUUAAACGUAUCGAAUCUGUUAAUCGUAGUCCAAUAUAUUCACAUACAAACGAAACUUUUCAAGGAUUAAUCACAAUUAGAGCUUUAUCUGCACAAAAUGAGUUUAUAAAAGAGUUUUAUAAACACAAUAAUAGUCAUACUUCGGCAUGGUAUUUGUACGUUGCCACAAAUAGAGCUUUUUCUCUAUGGUUAGAGAUUAUUUGCGUUAUAUUUAUUGCUGUCGUUACCUAUAGUUUUUUACUGCUUGAAGAUCAUUUUUAUAGCGGUGACGUCGGACUUGCAAUCACUCAAAGUAUUUCAUUAGUUGGAGCAAUGCAAUGGGGAAUGAGACAAACAGCUGAAUUAGAAAAUCAAAUGACUAGUAUUGAAAGAAUCUUUGAGUAUGUUAAUGAGAAACCAGAACCACCACUUGAAAGUACACCUAAAAAUCGUCCUAAAGAAACUUGGCCACUUUAUGGAAAAAUAGUUUUCUCAGAUUUUCAAUUGAAAUACUCUGUUGAUGGUGAAUAUAUUUUAAAAAAUUUGAGCUUCGAAAUAAAACCGCAAGAGAAAGUUGGGAUUGUUGGAAGAACUGGUGCAGGAAAGUCAUCUAUCAUUCAAGCAAUAUUUCGACUAGCUUGUAAUGAAGGCGAAAUUAAAAUUGAUGACGUUGAUAUUAGUCGAUUAGGUUUACAUGAUUUAAGAAGUAAAAUAUCAAUAAUUCCACAAGAUCCUGUACUCUUUUCUGGCACUUUAAGGUAUAACUUAGAUCCAUUUGAAAAAUCAAGCGAUGCUGAAUUAUGGAAUGCAUUACAAGAAGUUGAACUAAAAGAAUAUGUUUCUUCAUUGAACGAUGGUUUGAAUUGUAGGAUGUCUGACGGGGGUUCUAAUUUUAGUAUGGGUCAACGACAGUUAGUUUGUUUGGCAAGGGCAAUUUUAAGACAAAAUAAAAUUUUGAUCUUAGAUGAAGCUACAGCAAAUGUUGAUUCAGAAACUGAUAAACUGAUUCAAAAGACGAUUCGUACAAAGUUUGAAUUUUGUACAGUAUUAACCAUUGCACACAGAUUGCAUACAGUUAUAGAUAGUGAUAGAAUAAUGGUAAUGGAAGCUGGUCAAAUUGUAGAAUUUGGUCGCCCAUAUGAAUUGCUGCAAUAUUCAGAUGGAUACUUAAGAAGUCUGAUAGAAGAAACAGGUGCAGAAACUUCAAAUAUGCUGAGGCAAAUAGCAUUGGAAAGUUCUCGGAAAAAAUUCUUUCAUUAAUUUGUUUAAUAUGCCAAGUUAAGGAAUAAAUUAAUGUCUGUACUUAAUAAAUUGAGCAAUAUUAUACAAAGUUGUUA